GGGGUCUGUGUUAUUGCAGCGGUCAGGACCUACUUGGUAAACCUCAACCUGACAUUACAACAUGCCACAGCUCUUAAUACUCACCCUCAGCCUGUUACCAUGGAUCCCAGCCUCCCUCUGCGGUGGAGUAAACACUGUGGAAGAGCAUGCAGUCCUGGAAGGUAAACCCCUCGCAAUCCCAUGUCAUUACGAGCCUCAGUACACCAGCUAUGUAAAAUAUUGGUGUCGGGGGAGGAUGAGGGAAUUCUGCAGCAGUUUAGCUCGCUCAGAUGACCCCAGUUCACCCAAUUCGGCAGAGAAGAAAGUGAGCAUUUAUGACGACCCGGUCCAGUUGGUGUUCACUGUGACCAUGAAAGACCUGAAGGUGGAGGACUCUGGGUGGUACAUGUGUGGUGUGGAGAUAGGUGGUGUAUGGAGCGCUGAUGUUGUCGCUUACACUAACAUCAAGGUUGUUCACGGCUUGUCAGUGGUGAACAGCAGGCUGAGCGCAGAGGAGGGGGGUAGUGUCACAGUUGAAUGCCUCUACAGUGAGAGAUACAGAGAAAGCUCGAAGAAGUGGUGUAGGAGUGGAGACUGGAGCUCCUGUCUGACGACGGGCUCUGACGGGAGCUACGAGGACACUUCAGUGGCCAUCAACGAUGACAGAACUGGGUCUUUAACUAUAACCUUUAAGAAGCUGCAGAUGAGAGAUACGGGCUGGUACUGGUGCUCUGCAGGACAGCAGCAGAUAUCUGUGCAUGUGCUGGUCACACCUCCAGCUUCGACCACUGCAGUGUCUGUGAUGUCUUCUUCUACAUCAAGUCAAUCUAUUGCAUACGUGCCUCCCCCCAAACCCAUCACAAAGGAGUCUUGGAACAGUCACAGUCACAUCCUGGAGUCUUUGUUGGUGUGUGCGUCAUUCAUGCUUCUUGUUGGCUUGGCCAUAUUUGCAAGGAAGAUGUGGAAACUGCACAAUCCUUACUGUCAAAUUCCAGAGAGGCUUCCUGGACAAAGACAAAUGGAGGGGGUGAAAACGAGGCUCAGCGAAUACUCAGGGGAUGUUGGUGACCUGCAAAACGCUGCUGUCGUUUUCCUCAACAAGAAUCCCCAGAGCGCCCAUAUGUGCUGAAUUCAGAAAUAUACCAUAGAUCUUAUUUUAUAUUUGCAGUGUUGUUUUUGUCACUGUCUGUAACUGAAUGUAAUUCUGUGUUAGUUAACUGCACAUCACACAUGCUGGCUCUCCAUUUAUAUUGUUUAUGUUAUAUACUGCUUUAAACUGCUACUUUGCCACUGUUAUAGUCUUGAGAUGUUUAUAAAAGAGCUUCAAGACAGCUUUGCCAACAAAUAAUCAUUACUUAAUUUGUUCAGAAGUACAGCUGUAUCUAUCACUACCACAGGACACUGAAGUAUGUCUACUCUACUUUGUCUAGGAAUUUAAAGAUUUUAGCAUAAUGGGUAGAGUCUACAUUCUCCAGAGUUUUGGAUAAUUAUGCUUAAUUUUGUUUGUCAGUAUUCUGUAAAGUGCUCUGUAAAGAAUUAUGCAAUUUUGUACUAAUUAAAGGGAAAAUGG